GCCAGGGGCGCUGCGGAGCCCAAACUCCGCGCACAGCUCGCUCAGAGGCUGCUUGCACCAUGAGGGUCUCCGACGCGGUCGUCCUACAGCUGGUCCUGCUCCUGGCCCUCUGGGGCUCCUCGGAGGCUGACAUGCCAGAUACUUCUACUCCAUCAGAAAAUACCAGCCAGAAAACUCCAGGAAUUUCUAGCCACACAACUUGGGAAUACUCCAGUUCAGCAGGUCCCUCCUCUACUAUGGAAAGUUUUGGUCAAGCUGAGAAGAUGCCUAUCCUGAAUGAUACCAUUAUCAUACAUGGAUUCCCCAAAGUCUCUGAAACAAAAAGUAUCACAUUAGAGAGUCCAGCUGAACUUGAACUGAUGUGUAGUUUGGUUAUCAGCAACGCCACAAACAUGGAAAAAAUGGAGACCAUUUGGAAGUCAGGAAAUGUAACUAUCAAAACGGAGACCAUCAGGAGGAAUGAAACUCAAACCAAAUGGUGCACUCGAAAUACGAUAAAAGUCAGAAACAAAGACCAGAUGGGAAACUACACAUGUGUUUUUCAAACUAAACCAGAAAUAAAUGCUACAUUCCAUUUACAAGUGCCUCAAAUCCAUGUAAAGUCUGAGCAUAUGAUCACUUAUGUGGGUGACACCGUGAUCUUGACUUGUGAAGUUGGCAAUGAGAAAACUCACUUUAACCCAACUUUUUGGACCUGGUAUUCAAAUAAUGGAAGUGGAGAGGUUCUUAUUAAUUCUACCCUGAUGCCAGAGAAGUACAGCCUUAUCCAGACACAUGCUAACAUUACCAAACUGAAGAUCUUUGAUCUCUCUGAAUUAGAUAGCAGUUUUUACUGGUGCAAAGCUGGAUUUCUACUGGGUGAAAGCAAAGGAAAAGUAUCUCUCAAAGUCCUCACCUAUCUGACCCCUCUCAAACCAUUUCUAGUAAUAGCUGCUGAAGUUAUUAUUUUAGUAGCUCUUAUCUUUAUCUAUGAAGUGUGCUCCAAAAAGAAAGAAGAGAAUACUGAAGUUGAAAAAGAAUUUGAACAAACAGAAACAUUGAAAUCAGAAGACAGCAAUGGUGUGGAAAAUAGUACUACCAGACACAGAAAAGUCUAAAUCCUUUGUGGAAAAGUGGCAAGAUGAAAAGAAAAGCCAAGACUGCACUGAAUAAAAACUUUCUGAAACAGUGGAAUUGCAUCUGCUUGGCUUCUAAUUAUGGCCUUCUAGGUGUCUUUUAAAAAACAAUACUGCUUAAAAAUGCCUUUUUAGUAAUGAAUGUAUUAAAUAAUGCUGAUGCCAUACGUAUUGUCCUAAAAGUUCUAUCUAAACCUAUGCUAUUGACUAUACUCUUACUCCUUUGGCUGCAUUUAGCUGUAACCUAGACUUAACUUUCAUUCAUUGAUCUGAAUAUGUAAAGAGUGCAUUUUUGUAUAUGAUGAUCAGCACCAACUGAUGUAUUCUACUGAUUCCUCCAUGUUAGGAAAAUAAUGUUACCAGAAUAAGCCAUCAAAGCCAAGAUUUACAAGGAAAAGUUAUUACAAAGGAUUUAACAUUUAUACUGAGAAUUAAAAUAUAUCUCUAACCUAGAACCAACUAAAAUAGAAAAAGUCUGGCAUGCAUCUUUAGCCUCCAAUAUUCUGGGUCAACUGAGGAUCACUCUUAGAAUCUCAAAGCAUUUUCUCCUUUCCUUUUGUAAAGAAGCAAGUUAUUAGUUCUCUUGGAAGAGGUUAUUUGACUGGAAGGGUAGUGUGAAGAAUAUGGUAACUAAGUAAAAAAACAAAUACCAGGUGGCUACUUGUCCAGAAGCGCCGUCCAUGAGUGAACAAUAGCAAUACAUCCAAAAGGUAUGCCUUGCAAUCUCAUAAUUUCAUGGUUUAUUAAUAACUUUACCAAAGAAUAGAGAAAGUAUCCAAAUUUCCUUUAAAAAACGAAUAAAGCCAUAACAUUUCUAAUGUGUUUUAAUAGUCUUUUCAAUUUCUGUGCUCCCUUUUCCCUUCUCAUUGUUUUUGCAAUAAAUGUCAGUAAAUAAAUGUCAAAUGUUUGACUCGA